AUGGAAGAAGAAGAAGAACAAAUGAGCGUUCAUAAAAAAAUUUCUGAAAAGAGCUACGAAAGGCAAGAAGAAGAUACUGGUAUAGAUGAUAAUACAAGAAUAUCUGAAGCUGAAAAUAUGAAGACACAUAUUCCUUGCAUAGAUACUGUGAAUAGUAAUGUAAGUAUAGAAGAAGUUGGUUCAGUUGCUACAGUUAAUGAUGAUGAACUUUUUGAACAUGUUCCACUGAAAGAUCGGGAUAAAAGUUGCGAGCAGUCUUUGAGUCCGGAUGAGUUGAGAGACUCAGGAGUUGGAAGUGACGAUACAUUUGAGUUUUCCUUCCCUGGUGUUAGAUCAUCAGGGUUUGAUUCUCCCCCAGAACUAGGUAUGCAUAAUGAUCGCCAUUAUUCGAGCCCUGGGCCUGAGAGAGACUCAAAUUAUGAUGCUAGAGAGUCUUUAUCUUCAGCUAGUCUUGAUUCUGCUUUGCAUUUGCAUGGAGAUGCAGGAUACUCUCCUGUUGAUUCACCACCGAAACUGAAGGCUAAACAGGUUAUGCCUAAUGUGUCUCCGGAGCUUCUUCAUUUAGUAGAUUCAGCUAUAAUGGGGAAGGCUGAAAGCUUGGAGAAGCUGAAGAAUGUAGUUUGUGGCGUUGAGAGUUUUGGAGGAGACGAAGAGGCUGUGGCUAUGGCUUACUUAGUCGUUGACUCACUUCUUGCCACCAUGGGAGGUGUCGAAUCUUUUGAAGAGGACGGGGAUGAUAAUCCACCCAGUGUGAUGCUGAACUCCAGGGCUGCUAUAGUGGCCGGUGAGUUGGUUCCUUGGCUUCCGGACAUUGGGGAUUUUGAAGGUUUUAUGUCUCCUAGGACUCGGAUGGUGAGAGGGCUGCUAGCUAUUUUGCGCGCUUGCACUAGGAACAGAGCGAUGUGCUCUGUGGCUGGUUUAUUGGGAGUACUUCUCCGCACUUCCGAGAGGAUUUUUGUUGAGAAUGUUGGUUCAGGAGAAAAGAGCAUGUGGGAUGGAACUCCUUUGUGUUAUUGCAUUCAGUACUUAGCAGGUCAUUCUCUUAGUCCAUCGGAUCUGCACUUCUGGCUUAAAGUCAUUAACAAAACUCUCACCACGCAAUGGGCAGCCCGUUUAUUGCGCUCUUUGGAGAAAGCCAUGGGUGGGAAAGAGGUCAGGGGUCCAGCAAGUACUUUUGAGUUUGAUGGAGAGAGUUCUGGUUUGUUAGGCCCCGGGGAGAGUAAAUGGCCUUUUACUAAUGGAUAUGCAUUUGCAACUUGGAUCUACAUCGAAUCAUUCGCGGACAAUAUAAGCACAGCAACAACUGCUGCUGCUAUUGCAAUGGCUGCUGCCGCCACAUCAGGAAGAUCAUCUCCCAUGUCAGCUGCUGCAGCUGCUAGUGCUCUAGCUGGAGAAGGCACGGCCCAUAUGCCUCGACUUUUCAGUUUUCUAUCUGCUGACAAUCAGGGGAUGGAAGCAUAUUUUCAUGCUCAGUUUUUAGUUGUUGAAUGUGGAAGUGGGAAAGGAAGGAAGUCAUCUUUGCAUUUUACUCAUGCGUUCAAGCCACAGUGUUGGUAUUUUAUUGGCCUUGAACAUUCUUGCAGACAGGGUAUCCUAGGAAAGACAGAAAGUGAGUUGAGGUUGUACGUUGAUGGUUCCUUGUACGAAAGCCGUCCAUUUGAUUUUCCAAGGAUAUCUAAGCCACUCGCAUUUUGCUGCAUUGGCACUAAUCCUCCUCCAACUAUGGCUGGAUUACAACGCCGGCGCCGCCAGUGCCCUUUGUUUGCUGAAAUGGGACCUGUGUACAUAUUUAGAGAACCUAUUGGCCCAGAAAGGAUGGCACGGUUAGCUAAAAGAGGAGGCGAUGUUCUGCCAUCAUUUGGCAAUGGUUUGGGAUCACCAUGGAUUGCAACAAAUGACCAUGUCCAAAGCAUGGCACAAGAUAGUGCACUUUUGGAUUCUGAAAUUGCUGGGUUAAUUCAUCUUCUUUACCAUCCUAAUUUGUUGAGUGGGCGUUACUGUCCAGAUGCUUCUCCUUCUGGCGCUACAGGCAUGCUUCGAAGGCCUGCAGAGGUUCUUGGUCAAGUUCAUGUUGCUACAAGAAUGCGGCCUGCUGAAGCUUUGUGGGCCUUGGCUCAUGGAGGGCCCUUGUUCUUGCUUCCUUUGGUAGUUAACAAGGUGCAUGAGAAUAGCUUGGAGCCACGACAAAUUGACCUUUCUCCUUCUUUGGUCCUAACGUCACUUGCUGCUCCCAUAUUCAGAAUUAUCUCUUUGGCCAUUUGCCAUCCUGGAAAUAAUGAAGAGUUGUGCCGGCGAAGAGGACCUGAAAUAUUAUCUCGAAUAUUGAAUUAUCUCCUCCAAACUUUGUCUUCCCUUGACAUUGCCAAGCGUGAUGGAGACGAGGAACUUGUUGCUGCUAUUGUAUCCAUAUGUCAGUCCCAGAAGUUAAACCAUACACUUAAAGUGCAGCUUUUCAGCACAUUGUUAUUUGAUAUCAAGAUUUGGAGUUUAUGCAGUUAUGGCCUUCAAAAGAAGUUUUUUUCGUCACUAGCAGAUAUGGUGUUCACUGAGUCGUCAGUGAUGCGAGAUGCUAAUGCUAUUCAGACACUUCUAGAUGGUUGCAGACGGUGCUAUUGGACUGUCCGUGAAAGUGAUUCAAUUGAUUCAUGUUCAGCAAGUGGAAAUGGCCGUAUAAUGGGUGAAGUCAAUGCAUUGGUGGAUGAGCUUUUAGUGGUCGUUGAACUUUUAGUCUUGGCAGCUCCACCUUCUCUGGCUUCAGACGAUGUCCGUUGUUUGUUGGGGUUCAUGGUUGACUCCCCUCAACCAAAUCAGGUUGCCAGGGUGCUCCACCUGAUUUACAGAUUAGUCGUACAGCCAAAUAUGUCUAGGGCUAAAACCUUUGCCGAGGCAUUUAUAUCGUGUGGUGGCAUCGAAACACUUCUUGUUCUGUUGCAGCGUGAAACAAAAGCUGGAGACACUGAUGUCUCAGAGUUCUUACCUGAACACGACGAGUCUUUAACAUUGACUAAACUGGAUGCAGAUACCUCUGAAGGAGUUUCUGCAAAACCUGGUUAUGAUGAUGGGUUUUCUUUGGAGAGAAAGGAUCUGAAUUUAUAUGAGAAUGCAUCUGAAUCUGUGAAUUUUAGAAUUCCUUCUAAAUCAAACAUGGAAAGGAUGUCGUCCAUCACUGAGAAUCCUUUUCUUAGAAACUUGGGUGGCAUAAGUUAUUCGAUAAAUGCUGAAAAUGCUCGGAAUAAUGUGUAUAAUGUUGACAAAAGUGAUGGUAUCGUUCUAGGUAUUAUCAACCUCUUGGGUGCUUUAGUGGUAUCAGGACAUUUAAAAUUCGACGCACCUGCUCCUAUGGAGAUGACAAAUAACCUUCUUGGUUUGCUUGAGGGGGGAGGCACCAUGUUUGAUGAUAAGACUCAAGUUAUUGCUGCAGCAGCUGCUGGUGUAGCAGCUGAGGGAUUGCGGCCUAUGGAUGCGAAGAUAGAAGCAGAAAAUGCUGCUCAGCUUUCCGUGGCAUUGGUUGAGAAUGCAAUAGUUAUUCUGAUGCUUGUUGAAGACCAUUUGCGAUUACAAAGCAAACUUUAUAGUUCUUCACGUUUGCCCACUACAUCUGCGUCCCCACUUUCUACUAUGUUGCCUGUGGGUGGCCGCACUUCAAAUACAGUUCGUGGAGAAACUUCAUCUCGUACUUCAUCAUCUAGUGAAUCUGGAGGACUCUCUCUAAAUGUUCUUGCUUCAAUGGCCGAUGCUAAUGGACAAAUUUCAACAGCUGUAAUGGAACGAUUGACUGCUGCAGCUGCAGCUGAACCUUAUGAAUCAGUUUCCUGUGCUUUUGUGUCAUAUGGAAGCUGUGUAGUAGAUUUAGCAGAGGGUUGGAAAUACAGAAGUCGAUUGUGGUAUGGUGUAGGACUUACUCAGGAAACAUCACUAUUUGGUGGAGGUGGCAGUGGGUGGGAAUCUUGGAAAUCUGCGUUAGAGAAGGAUGCUAAUGGAAACUGGAUUGAACUUCCACUAAUAAAGAAGUCUGUUACAAUGCUUCAAGCUCUGUUAUUAGACGAGUCGGGUAUUGGGGGUGGUCUGGGUAUUGGUGGAGGAUCUGGAACUGGAAUGGGGGGCAUGUCAGCUCUUUACCAGUUACUGGACAGUGACCAGCCGUUCCUCUGUAUGCUGCGGAUGGUGCUUGUUUCAUUGAGGGAGGAUGAUGAUGGUGAGGACCAUAUGCUAAUGAGGCAUGUCGGUAUCCAGGACGAGUCAGUAGAGGGUUUCCAUAGACAAUCUAGUGGUGCUGCAUCUUUUGACAAAACCAGCAGGAUGCCAACUAGAAAACCACGAUCGGCAUUGCUUUGGAGUGUGUUGUCUCCUAUAUUAAACAUGCCAAUUUCCGAGACAAAGAGGCAGCGAGUUUUAGUUGCGUCGUGUGUCCUAUAUUCUGAGGUGUGGCAUGCUAUUGGAAAGGACCGAAGUCCUCUACGCAAGCAAUACCUGGAAGCCAUAUUACCUCCUUUUGUUGCUAUUUUAAGAAGGUGGCGACCUCUUUUGGCAGGAAUUCAUGAACUUGCUACUGCAGACGGUAUAAAUCCCCUUGUUGUUGAUGAUCGUGCCUUGGCUGCAGAUGCUUUGCCAGUUGAGGCUGCUCUUGCUAUGGUAUCUCCUAGUUGGGCUGCUUCUUUUGCAUCACCGCCUGCUGCUAUGGCGUUGGCAAUGAUCGCAGCUGGUGCCGCUGGUGGAGAAACCAGCGCUCCUCAGUCUAUUUCACAUCUCCGCCGAGACUCAUCCCUUCUAGAGCGGAAAACAGUCAGACUCCAUACAUUUUCUAGCUUUCAGAAGCCUCUGGAGGCACCUAACAAAUCUCCAGCCAUUCCCAAGGACAAGGCUGCAGCAAAAGCAGCUGCACUGGCUGCUGCUAGAGACCUUGAGCGUAAUGCGAAAAUAGGCUCGGGAAGAGGACUCAGUGCUGUGGCUAUGGCUACAUCAGCCCAGCGUCGUAGUAAAAGUGAUGAUGAACGGGUAAAGAGAUGGAACGUUUCAGAAGCAAUGGGAACUGCAUGGAUGGAAUGCUUACAGUCAGUGGACUCGAAGUCUGUGUACGCCAAGGACUUCAAUGCCUUAUCCUACAAGUAUAUAGCUGUUCUUGUUGGAAGUUUAGCUCUGGCUAGAAACAUGCAGCGAUCUGAGGUUGACAGGAGGUCACAAGUUGAUUCGAUAGCCCGACAACGAUUAUACACGGGAAUACGUGAAUGGCGCAAACUCAUUCACUGCCUGAUAGAGAUUAGGUGCCUUUUUGGUCCUCUAUGUGAAGAAUUGUGCAAUACUAAGCAGUUUUUCUGGAAGCUAGACCUCAUGGAAAGUUCUUCAAGGAUGAGGAGGAUUUUACGGAGGAACUACCAUGGCUCCGAUCACCACGGUGCUGCUGCAAAUUAUGAAGACAAAAUAGAGCUGAAGCAUGACAGAAAUAACGCUGUAAGUCCAUCUAAAGCCUCAAUCUUAGCUGCUGAAGCCAUCUCAGCGGAGUUGGGAAAUGAGGAAGAUGAGCAUGACUCUUCCAGUUUGGCUGUUGGCCCAAAUGAGGAACAGCCUAGUGGAAUUCAGACUGUACCAUCAGGACCUGGUAACCAGCCAGUUAUAUUGGCAGAGUCCACGGAGUUCCCAGUUAAUCCUGAGCUUGACACUGCAUCUAUUCCACCCGCAACCUCCCCUGGCUAUGUUCCUUGCGAGCACGAUGAAAGAAUUGUUCUUGAGCUUCCAUCUACAAUGGUCCGCCCGUUGAAGGUUCUGAGAGGAACUUUUCAAAUAACAUCAAGAAGAAUCAAUUUUGUUGUUGAUCACACGGAUCCUAGUGCUAUGGGAGAUGUGCACAGCAAAGGUGUAAACGGAGUUCAAGAGAAGGAUCAUUGCUGGUUGAUGUCAUCACUUCACCAAGUCUACAGCAGAAGAUAUCUUCUGAGAAGAAGUGCACUGGAGUUGUUCAUGGUUGACCGGUCAAAUUACUUUUUUGAUUUUGAGAGCACUGAGGGACGGAAAAAUGCAUAUCGAGCUAUUGUGCAAGCCCGUCCUCCUCAUUUGAACGAUAUCUACCUUGCAACACAGAGACCUGAACAACUUUUGAAAAGAACUCAGCUUAUGGAACGCUGGGCCAGAUGGGAGAUCAGCAAUUUCGAGUAUUUGAUGCAGCUUAACACGUUGGCUGGACGUAGUUAUAAUGAUAUAACACAGUAUCCUGUGUUCCCAUGGAUCCUUUCUGAUUACUGCUCGGAGAAUUUGGAUCUUUCAGUUCCUUCUUCUUUCCGUGAUCUUUCAAAGCCCAUUGGCGCUCUGAAUGCUGAGAGAUUAAAAAUGUUUCAAGAAAGAUACGCCAGCCUUCAAGAUGAAGUCAUCCCCAAAUUCCUUUAUGGUUCACAUUACUCAACAGCUGGAACAGUUUUGUAUUACCUCACAAGAGUGGAACCUUUUACUACCCUUUCUAUUCAACUUCAAGGUGGCAAAUUUGAUCAUGCUGACAGAAUGUUCUUAGACAUUGGUGCAACUUGGAGUGGAGUUCUUGAGGACAUGAGUGAUGUAAAAGAAUUGGUGCCCGAGCUAUUUUAUCUUCCAGAGGUUUUCACCAAUGAGAACUCAGUUGACUUUGGUACAACGCAACUCGGUGAAAAGCUUGACGCAGUUCGGCUUCCUCCAUGGGCUAAAAACCCUGUUGACUUUGUCCAUAAGCAUCGGAUGGCGCUAGAAAGUGAGCAUGUCUCGGAACAUUUGCAUGAAUGGAUCGAUCUCAUAUUUGGGUACAAGCAACGUGGAAAAGAAGCUAUACAGGCGAACAAUGUUUUCUUUUACAUUACAUAUGAAGGAACUGUAGACAUUGAUAAAAUAUCAGACCCAGUACAACAACGUGCUGCCCAAGAUCAGAUUGCUUACUUUGGCCAGACCCCAUCUCAACUUCUUACCAUACCCCACAUGAAACGGAUGCCUCUCACCGAUGUCCUUCACAUGCAGACCAUAUUCCGGAAUCCCAGAGAGGUUAAGGCAUAUAGUGUUCCCAAUCCCGAGCGCUGCAACCUACCUGCUGCAGCCAUCCAUGCAUCGUCAGACUCUCUUAUAAUUGUUGACAUAAAUGUCCCAGCAGCACAUGUAGCACAACACAAGUGGCAGCCAAACACGCCAGAUGGUGAAGGGGCGCCUUUCCUUUUUCAGCAUGGAAAACCUGGCACAGGUGCUGCUGGUGGGAAUUUUAUGCGAAUGUUCAAAGGGUCAACUACUCCUGGAUCAGAUGAGUGGCAAUUUCCACAGGCGUUGGCAUUUCCAGCUUCUGGUAUCCGAAGCACAGGAAUAGUUUCAGUCACUUGUGAUGGAGAAAUUGUCACCGGCGGACACGUAGAUAACAGUGUCAGACUUAUUUCGGCCGACGGAGCAAAAACCUUGGAGAUAGCAAGAGGACAUUGUGCUCCUGUGACGUGCCUGUCUGUAUCUCCUAGUAGCAGCUAUCUGGUGACCGGGUCCCGGGACUCAACAGUUCUACUCUGGAGAAUAAACCGAUCAUCUAUGCCACGCUCGACUACCUCACUGGAACCUUCCAGUAAUCCGGCUACACCCGCAUCUCCGGGUGGCAGCACACCCAGAAAUUCCAGCUCAGCCAACAAGAACAGAGGCAAAGGGAUAGAAGGCCCUGUCCACGUGCUCCGGGGGCAUUUAGGGGAAAUCACAUGCUGCUCUGUGAGCUCGGACCUCGGAAUUGUUGCCUCGUGUUCGGACUCCUCUGAUGUGUUGCUUCAUUCAAUAAGACGAGGGCAGCUCGUCAGAAGGCUUGCUGGUGUGGAGGCUCAUUCUUUGUGUCUGUCAUCUGAUGGAAUUUUAGUAACCUGGAAUAAGUAUCUUUCUACUCUGAGCACCUUCACGCUUAAUGGGACUCUGGUUGCUAGGCAAUGGCUUCCAAAAUCAUCGAGUGUCAGCUGCAUAGAAGUUUCUCUAGAUGGUUGCAGUGCUUUGGUCGCGUUAAACCCAUCCGUGGACAAUGAGGGAGGCUCAGAGGCUGCAAAUGAUGAUAAUGAUGGAAGCAGAUUGGAUUUGAUCUUACCUUGCAUUUGCUUCUUUGAUCUAUAUACUCUGGAGGUCUUCCAUAAGAUACAACUUGCAAAAGGACAAGAUAUCUCCACAAUGGCUUUGAAUAAGGAUAAGACAAAUCUUCUGGUGUCAACAGCGAAUAAGCAAUUGAUAGUAUUCACAGAUCCUUCCUUGAGCUUAAAAGUCGUUGACCAAAUGCUGAAGCUGGGAUGGGAAGGUGAUGGGUUAAGCCCCUUCAUAAAGUGA